UGGAGGUGCGCUGCCUUCAGACGAGGGUGACAAGACCAAGGCGUGUGUGAUGAUUCUACCUUUCCUACUUGUACAGACAGGCAUGUUUCCUGGUUCUUCUUCUCCUUUGUACAACUCACGGCAGAGGGGAUGGGAAACUGUUUUAUAGCUCUCGAAACACAUGCUCCGUAAGAAUGUCAGAGACUAUACGGUGCACUCUGGUCAACUGUAGCUGUCAGCGUUUUAAACCUGGGAAAAUAAACCAACGGCAAUGUGACCAGUGUCGGCAUGGAUGGGUUGUGCACGCUUUAAGUAAGCUAAGGAUCCCAAACCUAUACCCAACAAGCCAAGUGGAAAUAGUCCAGUCUAAUGUGGUCUUUGAUAUCAGCAGCCUCAUGCUAUAUGGAACUCAAGCGGUUCCUGUCCGUCUCAAAAUUCUCUUAGAUCGGCUUUUCAGUGUCCUGAAACAAGAAGAAGUCAUACACAUCCUCCAUGCUCUGGACUGGACACUUCAAGACUACAUACGUGGAUAUGUCUUACAGGAUGCUUCAGGAAAGGUCCUGGACCAUUGGAGCAUCAUGACCAGUGAAGAAGAGCUGGCUACUUUGCAGCAAUUUCUGCGUUUUGGUGAGACCAAGUCCAUCGUGGAACUAAUGGCAAUCCAGGAGAAAGAGGGUCAGUCCAUUGUGAUCCCUGCAGCUUCGGCCAAUAUGGAUAUCAGGGCAUUCAUCGAAAGCUGCAAUCAAAGGAGUCCAAACUUUUCAGGUCCCUUGGAGAAAAUGAACCCCAUCAACAUCCAUCACUUUGAGAACGUGGUCAAUAAUAUGGCUUUUAUGCUGCCGUUUCAGUUUUUCAGCCCCGUGCCUCCGCCCCUGAUAGGCUCACCCCCAGAAAGGCUGUUGAUGGAGCAAGCUCAGGACCACGGCGAUGAACUGAAACGAGAUGCCCAUAUGCCGUUUGCUGAAAACAGCUUCUUAACUUCCAGUUCUUCAUUUCAAGCCGACAAGGAGAAGGCCGCAACCAGCCCGGGGAUCACUUUGAAACCUGAAGACGACGUCUCACCACGUGAUUUGAAUUCGCCAAACGUGAUAGAAAAGCUGGAGAUGGACCAGGGAUCCCCAGAGAGUAAAAUGAAAUCAGUGGACAAAAACGGGGCCGGGACAAGGAAAGGGCGGGUUUUUUGCACGGCGUGUGAAAAGACGUUUUAUGACAAGGGGACGCUGAAGAUCCACUAUAAUGCUGUCCACCUGAAAAUCAAGCAUAAAUGUACCAUCGAAGGCUGCAACAUGGUGUUUAGCUCCUUGCGCAGCCGAAACCGUCACAGCGCCAAUCCCAACCCACGACUCCACAUGCCCAUGAACCGAAACAAUCGAGACAAAGAUCUGAGGAACGGGCUGGCCAUCACCGGACUGGACGAGAGCAAAAGGACAGAUUUUGCCAUUUUACCACCGGACAAUCGAUCCAUCCUCAGCUAUGGGAGCUCUUGUAGCGAUUCGAAGGUGCAGCCAAGUUUUCAUGGGACCGGACAGAACGGCAUUCUCUUUCCGAACCUGAAGACGGUGCAACCGGUUCUUCCAUUCUAUCGCAGUCCCGUCGCUCCGGCUGAGCUUGCAAACACGCCAGGUACGCUUCCUUCUCUGCCUCUGCUUUCCUCGUCAAUCCCCGAACCCUUGGCUUCGAACGACUCUCCCUUCGAUGCGCUGCCCAAGAAGAAAUCCCGUAAGUCUAGCAUGCCCAUCAAGAUAGAGAAGGAAGCUGUUGAAACAACAGCUGCAGUUCAUGAAGUUGCCAGCUCUGAAGAUGACCUGCCUCCCCAGGCAGGAAGUGAAGGGCACCUUGAGAUGUGUGCAUCUAGGGUCGAACCAACCCCGAACUACCCAGUGGAAAAGCAGCCCCAUUCAGGUCCAUCGUGGAGCUCCAUCUCCGAGGUCGGAGGGUCAAAACAUUUUAAAUCUGUCGAGCCAAAUAACUUGUGUGCCGAAGACGAUGAAUCUCAUCGCCCCAAGAAAAAGGAUGAGCCAGAACACAGCAAAUUGCUCAAAUCCGUUUCUUGUGAAAAUCCUUAUGAAGAUCCAAAACAGCACAGUGAUGUGAUCAAAGCAGUAGUUGAACCCCAUGACUAUGUCAAAGGGCAGUUGAGUUACAGAAUGCCUCGGCAAGACUGCAGUGAAUUGCAACACCACUUGCUGAGCGGCGGGUUUUUCGACGCGCUGUCCAGUAGAAGCGUGGUCGUUCCUGGUUUGGAAGCUUUGAAAGAUAUGGAUCAUGCCAGUCAACAUGCACUAGGGCUUCCCAAGGAAGACGGGCGCUUCCAUUGUGACAUCUGUAAAAAGACCUUUAAAAACCCUUACAGCGUAAAAAUGCAUUUUAGAAAUGUACACCUCAAAGAAAUGCAUAUUUGCACGGUGGAGGGUUGUAACGCCGCAUUUCCUUCUCGUAGAAGUCGAGACAGACAUAGCUCCAAUCUGAACCUUCACCAUAAGCUUUUAACCAAAGAUCCCUUGGAGAUCGAGAAGAAUCAUUUCAAUGCAACGUACCUCUGGAAGGACAUGGCCAAAGAGGCUCGCCCAGAUGACUCUUUGAAAGGUCCUGCUGGGCAACAAACUUCUGUCAUCUUUAAAGGCAUGAACCGAACCGGCAGCCUGGUUUUCCCAAUGAGCAAGAUAGGAGAGCCUUGUCCCGAUAGGUACAGAUACGACCCGGCAAAUGACGGAGCUGUUCUGGAUUUAAGCACCACGUCGAGUGUCAAGUCGGAGAGCAGCGCUCAUUCCUCUUGGGAUUCCGAUGGAGGCAAUGAAGAGGGUCCGGGGGCUUUGGAAGACAGUGAUGAAAGCUGUGAAAGCCCAUGUUUGACGCCCAAUGAAGAACUCUUUCAGGACUGUUCGCUCAUGGACAACCCUCAUCCGAGUUUCUCGAACGUACCUUCCAACUUGCCGAUAACCUGUCACCUGUGCCAAAAAAGCUACAGUAAUAAAGGGACUUUCAGGGCCCAUUACAAAACUGUGCAUCUCCGACAGCUCCAUAAAUGCAAAGUCCCAGGCUGCAACACCAUGUUUUCUUCAGUUCGCAGCAGAAACCGGCACAGUCAAAAUCCCAAUUUACACAAGAGCUUGAUCAGGUCAAUAAACAGCUCCCAGUAACAUCUCAGCGAGCCGGGAUGACAUACAUUCUAUUAUAUUCACCAUUUCAGCUUCUUCUUUUUUAAAGUAUUAGAAUGAGAUAUCUCUGACUUGUUUUUUGCUUGCAGUGUGCGUUACAACAUGGAGCCCACAGAAAAUGUAGGGCCAAAAUCUGCUUCUGUUUACACAGGCAUUGUUAUUGUUGUCGUUCUUUUUCACUAAGCAAAGAGGGCACCAGUUUUGUUUUGUUUUUUAAAGUAUGGGUUUUACACUUAGAUGUAGAUAUUUACUUAGGAAGAACAAAGGAAAAUUAAAACAAGGACCGGAUGACAUUAUAAGCUAAAGGUGUUCCCAUGAUAAUUUGCAAUAUGAGAUGCAGAGAAGACGCUAUUCCAAUGUUUUGUUUACAUCUUAAAUGUAUGUGUGUGGGGGUGAUACUGUAAAAAAAAAUCUGGGUGAUCCCAUUGGUUGAGUUUGGGGGAUGGGGGGGGGUUUCAAUACUGCUAUUUCACUCUUUGGAGAUCGUAUUAUAAAGGCAGGACCACACGUUACCAGAAACACAAAGCUGCCAUCAAAAAUGACAUCCUCGCGUUAGGUUCCCCCUUCUCUCUUUGUAAUGCAUAAUAAAACUUAAUCCACAUCUUCAUCUCAUUAUGUUGCAUUUUUCCCCACCUCUGGAAGUAGAGGCCAAUGAUGAAAAAGGGAAACUUGACACACGGAUGCCAUUUUCAGCAGCAGCUCCGUGUUUGCUGUAACACGUAGUGCUCCGCCUUCAGCCUGACUUUACAGUAUGAAACCAAUGUGGUGUUUUCCCCACAUAAUUUAUUAUUGAAUGCCAUAAACCAAAAUACAGAUUUAGGGAAAUGUAGCAUUCAAUUCUGGAGUUCUUAAUGGCAGUCGAAAUGUUCCUUGAAGACAUAUUGUAGGGAUUUG